CUGGAACAGCACAUAACACAAGAACAAGUGUCGACAAAGAAGAAGAGACUCGACACAAAGCCGCUUCAAGACGGCCAUUAAAACCCACCCACAAAACCACCCCCUCUACUCUGCCGGCUCUCUUCUCUAAUUUGCCACCACAGACUCUUCCAAAAACCCACCCAAUUCGCCAUUUUCUUACCCACCAUUUUCUUUAUAUCCCUUCUCAUUGGACGACUCAGUCCUAUACUUCUAUCUCUCUUCACCUCUCUCUAAUUAACGUGUGCAUUGAGGUCUCUUGGUGCAUUUUCAUGGCGAAGAUUUCACAGCAGAGCCAGAGCAACAGUUCAAACACUAGCAACAACAGCAAAAAGUGCAACAAUUCUGGGACGAAGGUGAAGAGAACAAGAAAGAGCGUUCCGAGAGACUGUCCACCCCAACGUAGCUCAAUCUACAGGGGUGUGACGAGGCAUCGGUGGACGGGUCGUUACGAAGCUCAUUUGUGGGAUAAGAACUGCUGGAAUGAGUCGCAGAACAAGAAAGGAAGACAAGUAUAUCUGGGGGCCUAUGAUAAUGAAGAAGCUGCAGCACAUGCUUAUGACUUGGCAGCAUUGAAGUAUUGGGGACAAGACACCAUCCUUAAUUUCCCUCUCCCUACGUAUCAAGAGGAGCUCAAAGAAAUGGAAGGUCAGUCAAAAGAAGAAUAUAUUGGAUGUUUGAGAAGAAAAAGUAGCGGGUUCUCUCGUGGAGUCUCCAAGUAUAGAGGAGUUGCAAGGCACCACCACAAUGGCAGAUGGGAGGCUCGAAUUGGCAGGGUGUUUGGCAACAAGUAUCUCUAUCUUGGAACAUAUGCUACAGAGGAGGAAGCUGCAACUGCAUAUGAUAUGGCAGCCAUAGAGUAUCGUGGGCUUAACGCCGUUACCAACUUCGACCUCAGCCGUUACAUCAAGUGGCUCCGACCCGACCAAACCACCAGUAGCCACCAUCAACCAAACCCUAACCCUAAUUUUGACAUUAACUCAAUGGCAAACCCUAAUCAGGAGAUAGGGUUAAACUUCCUCCACCACCAACAACAAAGCUCUAGCUCAGCCGAAGAAACACUACCUCCACCACCACGUCCGGGUGGUGGUGCCAACGCUUCGUCGGCGCUAGGACUGUUGCUACAGUCCUCCAAGUUCAAGGAAAUGUUGGAGCGAACGUCGGCGGCUGAUUGUCCGGCGACACCUCCGGAAUCUGACCCACCACGGCGGAGCUUCCCUGAUGAUAUACAGACGUACUUUGACUGUCAAGAUUCAAGCAACUUUGCCGAGGGGGAUGAUAUUAUGUUUGGUGACUUAAAUUCCUUUGCAUUCCGAUGCGAGCUCGACGCAUAGUAUAAUAUUAUGUCAAUAAAUUAAAUCCGAGAAAUAUGUGACGAUGAUAAAGGGUUACCUGACAAAAAGAGAUUUUAGUUUUUUAUUCUUGUAUGCUUCUCUUUUUCAUUGGAAAAAGAGAGAUUGCCAGAUUAUUAUUGGUUCUUUUGUAGAUAUAGAUGGAAACAUAGACAUUCAUUUAUCAAGAUGUUUUAAUAAAAUUCAGUUUAUG